AUGGGCCGAGUAUUUGAGUCUUUUUCGGAGGAAUUUGCAAAGAAUUUGGUCUGGGGGCAUGGUAAGCCUGAGGAGACUAUCGAGGACAGCGCAGAGCGGAAAAUCACGACAAGCUAUGUUCCGGUUGGCAUUGCGGUCGGUAUCGUACCCUGGAACUACCCCAUCUAUCUGGCUAGUGCUAAGACUGGACCUGCACUGCUCACUGGAAAUGCCUUCAUCCUGAAGGCUUCGCCUCCUUAUACUAGUCUCAAGAUGGCUGAAAGAUUCUUCCCUCCAGGAGUCUUCCAGGCUUUGAGUGGCGAUGAUAGCCUUGGUCCUAUGCUGACGUCUCACCAUGACGUUAACAUGGUCAGCUUUACAGGCUCAAUCCCGACUGGUAAGGCCAUCAUGAAGAGCUGCAGCGGAACACUGAAGCAUGUCGUUCUUGAGCUGGGUGGCAACGACCCUGCCAUUGUCUGCGCCGAUGCCUACCCGGUUUCCGCCGCGGUGAGAAUCGGUCUCUUUGCCUUCUGUAACUCGGGCCAGAUAUGUAUGUCCAUCAAGCGCAUCUACGUCCACGAAUCCACUUAUGAUCAGUCCCUGGCCGCCCUUGUCCAAUACGCAGGAGCUCUUGGUGUGGGAGUGGGCGAGACCGACUUCCUUGGCCCCUUCGCCAUUGAACAGCACUUCAAGCGAGUACAAAGUCUGCUCUCUGGCAGCAAGGAGGCCGGGUACACAGUUGCGGCAGGUGGCACAGAGCGGCCUGCUGAUAAGAAGGGCUUCUAUAUCCCUGCCACGAUUGUUGACAACCCCCCUGAAGAUUCUGCCAUUGUGAAGGAGGAGCAAUUCGCUCCCGUAAUUCCUGUUAUGAAAUGGUCCGAGGAGAAUGACGUGAUACAGAGGGCCAACGGUACUGGUGGCGGCCUCGGGGCAUCCGUGUGGACUCGUGAUGACGAGCAAGCUACACGCAUCGCUGGCCAGCUACAGUCUGGCAAUGUAUGGAUCAAUACUCAUGCAGAGAUUGAACCAAAUACUCCUUUCUGCGGCCACGAACAAAGUGGCCUGGGAGUGGAGCAUUCCUUGGAAGGUCUCAAGGCGUAUUGCAAUGUCCGAUCCGUCUUCCGAAAACCAUUUUAG